UUUGUUCUACUGUCUGCAAUUUGCAAUUGAUCAAUAGAAGGAAGGCAUUAGCCAAAACAAAGAAGCGAGGUGAAAAAAUGGCAAGGACCAAGCAAACAGCAAGGAAGUCGACUGGAGGGAAGGCACCUCGCAAGCAGCUGGCAACGAAGGCUGCCCGCAAAUCGGCGCCGGCAACGGGAGGAGUGAAGAAGCCGCACAGAUUCAGGCCCGGAACUGUUGCCCUUCGGGAGAUCCGCAAAUACCAGAAGAGUACCGAGCUUUUGAUCAGGAAGUUGCCUUUCCAACGCCUGGUCAGGGAAAUUGCGCAGGACUUCAAGACGGAUUUGAGGUUCCAGAGCUCUGCUGUGGCUGCCCUGCAGGAGGCCUCCGAGGCAUAUUUGGUUGGAUUGUUUGAGGACACCAAUCUCUGCGCCAUCCACGCCAAGAGGGUUACAAUUAUGCCCAAAGAUAUUCAGCUCGCUCGUCGUAUCCGUGGCGAAAGGGCUUAGUUUUCGUUUUAUUCUUAACGGUGUGUUUUCACACCACCAUUCACUUUUAGGGUUUUGUUCUUCCCAUCUUCUAUCUCUUCUGUAUAUGUUACAUUUUGAAACGUGUUUAAUGAGAAUAUGCUUGCUGGCUUUGGCCGACUUGUUGGA